AACCAGAGACCGAAUUCCAAGUUUCGGUAUUGCUCAUCAUUCAUCAAAACUUCCUUCCUAUUUUAUGUUGUUUUUCAUUUGCGUCAACAAGUGCGCCAACAGUGACCUUUUACCGGGAUAUUUAUGAAUAUGCAAUCGAGCAAUGUUGAGAAUUUAGAAAAAAGAAGUCAAUUCACCAGGACACAAGCAUGGCGGUUUCCAAGUCUGCCUACCACACUAUUUCAGAACUAACAGAUUUCCUGCUCAUCAGUAGCGCCUACGGAGCCAGCAGUCCCACUCACCUACAAGUUCGAGGGAUCACCCACGUGAUUAAUGUAACACUGAACUACCAGUGCCCCAUGCCCAAAUAUCCUAAAGACAUCACAACCACUCGCAUCCCAGUUGAUGACGUCCCAUCUGCCGGGCUCUACAACUACUUUGAUAAAGUCGCCGAUAUCAUACAUGAUGUGAAGAAGAAGGGCGGACGGGUUCUUGUACACUGUUGGGCUGGUCGCAGUCGAUCGUCCACUCUGUGUAUAGUCUACCUGAUGAAGUAUGACCGUGUGACACUACGUCAAGCGCACGCUCAUGUCAAGGCAAGACGGCCGCUUAUCCGCCCUAAUCUGGGGUUCUGGACUCAGUUGAUUUCUUAUGAGAAGUGUUUGUUUGGUCACAGUAGUGUGAGGAUGGUGAACUCAAGAAUUGGUCUGAUACCUGAUGUAUAUGAAGCAGAGUAUAAGAACACAUUGUGGUGAUCAUUGAGUCGUUUACAGGCCUUGAGUGUCAUUAUCUUGGAAGGGGCAAGACAAUCAUCAUUUUGAACUCGGACCAAGACCAGGGCCCAAUUUCAUAGAGCCGCUUUAAGGGACUGUGUCGUCAUGAUCAAAGCAUGCCUUGUGGCUUUACAUGAAAUUAUUUAUUCUCCCCAAAUGUUACUGAGCAUGCAUGCUCUCUGUAAGUGUGUGAGAGACCAUGUACGGCCACAUGCCUGCUUUUAGUAAACCAUGAUGCCACACAGUCCCUUUUAGCAGAAAAUAUUGUCUAACAAUUUCCUGCUCAACACAAAAGGGCAGGAUUCCAGACUUUGUAAUCAUUCCCUCAAAUGCUACUCCCCUUUUUACUUUGUAAUCAUGCCCUGAAAUGCCACGCCCCUUAUUACUUUGUAAUCCAGCCCCGAAACGCCACGCCCCUUUUUACAGCUUAAUAAAUGCCAAGACCCCUUUUUACUUUGUACUCAUGCCACGCCCCUUAUUUCUUUGUAAUCAAGCAAUGAAAUGCCACGUCUCCUUUUACUUUGUCAUCAAGCCCUGAAAUGCCACGCCCCUUUUUACUUUGAUUACACCAACCUAGCAAAGAUGUAAUGUACCCAUAACAAUGUACUCAAGCGUGCAAAGAAGACAGUGCUUUUAUAAGUUUUAACAGAUUAGGCUGGAUUUAAAACAAUAGUGUGUGCUGUGUAUAAAUGCUUUUUGUACAUAAAAAUAUCCAAAAAAAUGUGUUACUUAAAGGCAGUGGACACUAUUAGUAAUUACUUAAAAUAAUUA